UAAACAACAUUGUCAACAAGUUUUUAGAUCUUAAUGUCUGUGUAUUUUCUAUCGUUUAUUUAUAUACAAAAUCAAAAUUAGUUGUAAUAACAAGAUAUAAAUAUGGAUAAUUUUACGGAUCUUUUAAAAAUAUAUUAUUCACGGUUAUUCCCUCUUGAUGAAUACUACAAGUGGCUGAGCUACGGUGAUGGUAACUCUUUUCAGUUAAGAGAAUUUUCAUUCACAUUAGAUGGAGAUGUUUAUGUACGUAAUCAACAUUUCCAAGAUAAAGAUGCUUUGAGCAGAGAAUUAUUAAAAAUGGUUCCUAUAAAAAUUGACAUCGGCGCGGUUUUUAACGUUGUCCCAAAUAGAUCCAUAAAAUCAAUGAAACUGGAAGCAAUGCAAAGAGAACUUGUAUUUGAUAUUGAUUUAACUGAUUAUGAUGAAGUUAGAACUUGCUGUUCUGGAGCUGAUAUAUGCAACAAAUGUUGGAAGUACAUGGUAGUAGCUUGUAAAAUACUUGAUGUUGGUUUACGAGAAGACUUUGGUUUUGAAAAUAUAUUAUGGGUUUUUUCUGGCCGACGUGGUGUUCAUUGUUGGGUCUGCGAUCUAGCAGCACGUUGUCUAGAUUCUGCACAGAGAAGUGCUAUCGGUGACUAUUUUCAGCUGAUAACUGGUGGUGCUUACACGAAAAAAAGAGUAAAUUUGUAUAAUAAAAUACAUCCAUCCGUGAAACGUGCUCUUGAAAUGAUUAAUCCAAUUUUUGUGCAACUCUGUGUUGAAGAACAAAAUAUGCUUGGAACUGAAGAAGCAAUGGAUAAUUUUUUAGAAUUAUUACCUGAUGAAGAAUCGAAGAAAGAUGUCAAACAGUUAUUUAGCAAAUAUACAACCAGUUUACAGAGGUGGGAUGCUUUCACAAGUUAUUUUAAUCAUCAAAUUCAGAAUAGUAAAAAAUGGCGACAAAAUCGGAAUUUCCUGGAUGAAGUAAUGAUACAAUACUGUUAUCCAAGACUUGAUAUUAAUGUAACAAAAGGUUUAAACCAUCUUUUAAAAUCACCAUUCUGUGUGCAUCCAAAAACAGGAAAAAUAUCUAUUCCAUUUAAUUCGAAAGCUGCUGAUAAAUUUGACCCAACUACUGUGCCAACAAUAAAUAAAGUUAUUGAAGAGAUUGAUGAUUAUGACAAAAAAGAUAAAGAUGAUAUGAAUGAUACAACAAAUUUAAAAAGAAUAAAAGAUUAUAAAAAAACAAGUUUAAAUAAAUCAUUGCAUGUGUUUCGCGAAUUUUUGCAUAAGCUAGAGACUACUAAGAAUGUUGAUAAUAUAACUUUUUGAUCUAUAAAUAAUAAGA